GUAUACUAAACUAAUUUAAUAUACUUAAGUACAUGGCAAAAUUUUCGUAUUUGAAAUGAAUAAAUCAAUAAUUAACUGAAAGCACAUCUUAAAGGCAAUUCAAAUAAGUUAUGCAAAAUAAGUUACAUAAAAUAUAAUGUUGUAUAAAGAUAAAAAUAAUGUGUUAUAUAUUCACUUUGAUAAAGUUACACAGGUAUUCAAUUGUAAUAUUUGUGAUUUAUUUCCAUGUGUUAGAAAUAAUGAAAAGUUUAGAACCAAAACAACUCAGAAAAAUAUUAUUUUAAAAAAUGCAAGCAUUGACACUGGUAUACAUAAAGUUAUGAAACAACUUACGAAUACUCCAAAGUUACCUGCGAAUAAAAAUGGUGAAUUACUUGAUAAUAGAUAUAGCACGAAACCAUUAGAGAAUACAUCUCUAAAGUAUAUUUCACAUCAUAAAAAUAAGCAAAACUAUACGAAACCAAAAACCUUUGACGCAAUAGUUAAGACGUAUAAGGUAGCAGAUACUAAGGAUGUUUGGGGUGACAACAUCUCUAAAAGAUUAUUUAAAUGUGCAUGUAUUAAAAACAAGACAUUUCAACAUCAAAUUCCAAGACAAAAAUUAAAACGAAAAAGAAAACAUCAAAUAGCAUUUCAUAAUACAAUUACAAACCAAAAUAGUGCAGGAGAUAAUGAAAGUUUUGAGUAUAGUGAAAAAUUCAAAAAGAUGUCUGCUAAUGGUUUGAAGAAAAAAUAUGAUAAUAUGCAAAAGAAAAUUUAUCCUUAUGAAGAACCUAAGAAAAAUGUACGUUUUGAUAAUAAAAAGUCGUCAGUUAAUUUGUAUCAACAUAAGGGUAAUAAAAAUGUAAAAGUAACUACAAUAGAGUCAUCUAAAAUUGAAUACUGUGUCUGUCCUAAAAUUUAUGAGCAUGACUUGGAGACACAGCGUAUUGAGAAGGUUAAAUCAUUUAUUGGAAAAUUGAAAAAUCGUACAGACGAUAUUAAAUUUGAAAAGAAACCAAAGUACACUUUAAAAGAUCUUAAUUCCGACAAAAGUUAUGUAAAAAAAUUUAAUCGGUCUGAAUUUGUUAGUACUAAAAAUAAUAAUAGAUCAAAAAAUAAUGAAAUUACUAAGCAUUCUGAAAAGAAAGAUAUUUUUAAAGCAAUUCUGCCUCGUGAAGAUGCGUAUAAUAAUGACAAUCGAAACAAAAAUAUAUCUCGUUUCCUCAGUAGAUGCCUACAUAAACUGAAAUUAUGGAAGUUCACUAUAUAUCAAGAUGUAGAAGUGCAAAAUAAAAGUGAUCAAACAAGUGAUCCUUUAUUCGAAAUGCAAUUGAAUUCACUUAAUAUGUGUAUUUUAAAUGACAACGAAAUAAAUGAUAAAGUCAAAAGUCUUGGAAAACAAAAAAGUAAGCCACGCAUUUGUCCUCCGCAUGGUGUACGUAAGAAGCCUAUUUUUAAAACGGAAUUUCGUCCUACUAUUGUACGUCUAAAAGCUUUAAAUGAUAAAAGCACUAAGUUUUUGGAAAUUCCUCGUAAAUACAGGGAUAUAACCGACAAUAUAAAUCCUUAUCAAAAAAAUAAUAUGGCUUUUCGACCUAAAUCAAUGGAAGAACAUAAGCAGCCAUUAUUUGAAAUAAAACUAAAUUCUAGCAAUAUGUGUGUUAUAAAUUCUAAAGAAAUACAAAGAAAGUUGGUUGAUGAACAAAAAAGAAAUAAUUGGCAUAGAAAUGUUGUCAUGGAAGAGUAUGAAAAAAAUAAAAAUCACGCAUGUCAGUGUAAUAAAAUAUUUAAACCAUAUAAGUUUUCAAAAGAUACAAAUGAUAAAAUACCACUGUGUACUAAAUGUAAACAACAGCAAAGGUCAAAAAUGAUAAGAGGAAAUGUUAUGAAAUCAAAACUUUCGUGCUUUUGUGCACAAGUCAUAAGCAAAUCUGAAAACUGGUCACAGUAUAAUAGAAAAAGGUAUAGAAGAGGGUCUAAAAAGUCCCUAUUUCAUAAUAGUUCAAACAGGAUGAUGUCCUCCCAGUCUACCCAUAUUCAUAAACGAAAUGGUUUGAAUAUAGAUAUAAAUAAUAAGACAAUUGUUAAUAAUAUGCAACAUAACAACGCAAAUAAACGUUGUGCAUGUUGUGAUUACGAAAUUGCUAAUAAAAGAUCUUGGAAAUGUACAUCUAUCUUCAAAAAAUCACUCUCUGCAUUUUUCAAUUAUCCAAUUUCUUUACAUAGAUGUGAAUGUGAUAAAAAAAGAACAAAACAAGAAUAUUUAAAAAUUAAACAGAAUCAUAAAAAAAAUAAUAAACGGAGACAUAGAAAAAAUACUUUAGCAAAAAAACGAAAGCAAUGGCAAAAAAUUUCUAAUAAAGAUAAAAAAAAAUUUGAAAAUGAAAUGAGACAAUAUGACAAAAUUAAAAAAAAGCAACAAAAAAAAGACUCUCAAAAGAGAAUAAAAGGAUCAUCCUAUGAAGGUAAUUGUUUAUUUGCUUUUUUGGAAGGUUUAAUAAAUAUGCCAAUAAAAUUAAUAAAAUUAGUAUUCAGUAUAGUAUUUACUGUAAUUACAAAACCGAGAAGAUCUUUAAGGUAUAUAAGGGACCGGAUUAAAGAUCCAAUGGGUACACAUGGAAGAAUAAAAAUGUGGAUUGGUAAGGCUUGGCGCGUUAAACCGUUACGAAUAGAAAAAACUUUGUCCGAUUCAGAGACAAUUAAUAUUUUGACAGACGCAAUAAAAGAUUCUGAUUUAUAUCAGACAUUCGCGUUUACCGGUAAGUCCCAAAAAGAUAAACAGCAGAUUGAAAUCCAAAAGAAGGAAAGGAAAAGAAGGAUAAGAUUAAGACAAAACGAAGCUCUUUAUAGCUGUCGCCAUAUGCUAUUAACUACACUAAGAAAUAAGCCUUGUUUAUGUGUGUACUAUAUAUGUCCCAAUUUGUACCCACAAUUUCUUGGGUUAUUGUCAUUUAUGAGAAGUUUCUUUAAUUUGUGCCUAUUUUUAGUUGCUAUUGCAUGUUGGACUCCAUGUAUUAUCUGCAGCGAACUAACUCGUGCAUUAUGUUGUUGCCUGUUAUGUACACACUAAAUUAUUGAUAAAUAAAUUAAUAUACUUCGUGAGGAUAGUAAAAUUAGUUACAGUUUUGGUAUCGGUUUUGUCCAAAGUUAUUUUAUGCUAAGUUAAGCAAAGAUAUCUAUGAUGGUUUGAAUAGUGGCUGAGCGAGGACAGUCUAUGAUAUAAGUGUUUACUUCCUUACAAUAGACAACCCAUGUAACUGUUUCCUACUGAUGCAUACACCAUAAGA